UUUCCAUCGAGGAUCGGUUAAGGGGUGAUAAGAAGUUUAAAGAAACUUUGUCGAAUUAAAGCAAGAUCAUAUUUCAUCAAACAACAAUGCUCCACUUGAAUCUCUUGAGACUUGUGGCACGCGGAGGGCCAAAGAGGAUGAUGGCCACCACCACCAAGCUGACAUCGGUGGAGGUCAACGACAAGACCGGAAUCGCCACCCUCACAUUGAACCGGCCACCCGUGAACAGCCAAAACGUCCAGUUAUUGGAGGAUCUGCAGACGUCCAUCGCCGAAAUUGAGAGCAACAAGAGUCGGGGACUUAUUUUAACCUCUGCCUCUUCCAAUGUGUUUUCAGCCGGUUUGGACAUCACUGAACUGUACAAUACGGAUGAGGACCGCCUUCGGACCAUCUGGAGGGCACUGCAAAACGCCUGGAUUGCUCUCUACGGCAGCAGCUUGCCCACUGCCGCCGCCAUUAAUGGCCACGCACCUGCUGGAGGAUGCCUGCUGGCCACCGCUUGCGAGUAUCGAGUGAUGCUACCAAAUCGUCUUAUCGGACUGAACGAAACGCAGCUGGGAAUCAUUGCGCCCAAAUGGCUGAUGUCCGGCUUCCUCAAUGUCCUGCCCCAGCGAGUGGCAGAGCGUGCCCUUACCCAAGGUCGUCUGUUUACUACAGAAGAGGCACUGGCAGAAGGUCUGGUCGAUGAAAUCGCCAACACCAAAGAAGAGGUGCUGGAGAAGUGCUCUGCCUUUAUUGGAAGCUUUGCCAAGGUGAAUUCUCUGGCUCGGUCGCUAACCAAACUGCAGUUCCGGUCGGAGAACAUUAAAGAGUUUGAAAAGAUACGCAAUAAGGAUUUGGAGGACUUUGUGGCCCUCGCCAGCAGUCCUGAAACCCAGAAAGUUAUGGGCAACUAUCUGGAAACCCUAAAAAAGAAGAGUAAGAAGUAAGGUAUUUGUAUUUGUGCAAUUGUAUAAUCAUUAUACUGUUACUACUUUGAAAAUUAA